CAAAGCAAAACAAGGAAGUGUGGGCAGCUGUGAAUGUGCAGAUACAAUAGAGCAGCAGAGUUUGUUUCUUUCGUACAACUCAUUGAGAACUGGCCAGUGAGAAGGAAAGGAAUUAGCUACAAUUUUAAAAGAUAAAAGAGAGAGAGAGAGAGAGAGAGAGAGAGAAGCACACUCUCUUUACAUACAACAACUCACAGUGGAUCAGAAGAGACUAAGAAACGUCGAAGAAAAAUAGAGUCCACUUCAGAAAGUUCUUCAGGUUUACUGAGAAAUCUUUCCACAUUUGCUUAUUACAGUGGCUGCAGUCAGAUAUUUGAGGCCCCUCCAAAACCAACUUCCUAGUGGCCUGUACCACACCCUGUCUCCCUCUGUCAUGGAUGCGUCAGGGAGAUGCUGGGAUGGCUGUCUGAAUGAGGAAGAUCUGCCUCAGAUGGAUGGCACAUGUGAUGCUUGUGAACCAGAUGAGCCUCAGCCAGCAGCUCAGGUUUGCUCACGUUGUAGCUUCGCCUUCUGCAUCAGCCAUGCGGGCAAACAUUCACAAAGCACUGGUCACCAGCUCCAGCUGUACUGUCCCCCAGAUGCUCAGCCACUGACAGACAGUCAGCGGGCUGAAAUCAGAGCAGAGGGGGCAGAAGCUGCCAUAGGUGAGGAUGAUCAUUUGAAGGGGAAACGAGACAUGGUGACUGUGGAGAGGCUGAAGUGUAAGCAGCACAGACAGGAGGGCUCGCUCUACUGUAAAAAUGAUGAGCGAAUCAUUUGUGUGGUGUGUGCUGUACAGGGAGAACACAGAGAACACGAGAUCAUCACUCUCAAAGAUGCUUACCUGUGGCAGAAGAGCAAAGAAGGCAUUGACCUACUGGAACACACUCAAGAAGUAGCCGAGAAGAUCAAGGCAAAAUGGACAAGUCCUGAUAUGAGUACAGAUGAGCUGGAGCAGUACGUGAACCAGCAGUUUGAUGAGCUGCAUAAGCUGGUCAGGCUCGAGGAGUGGCGCGUGCUGCAUCUGGUGGAUCUAAAGGAGGCAUUCCUUACCGCACAGGCAGCUGAGAAGAUCUCUGAGAUCAGCGUCCACACUGAACGACUACAGGAGGAGAUGGACUCUAUCACACAGCAACUGGGCGAACUGGAUCGGGCAGAGCAGGAUGGAGUCGCCCCCAUGUCCCUGGCCCCACUGCUGGCUGCCAGACCACCACCUCUUCCUGCAUCUCUCGUGGAGCACAGACCACUGGAUCCUGAAGUGAGGCUAAGAGAUGCCAAUCAAAUGAGGGACCCUCAAGACCCUUCAGUAGAUGAAGAGAGAGAAGAUGCUUAUAUGGGACAUGCACCCUAAUGGACAUUCUGUCACCACCUCAUAGUAUCAUCAACCUAUGAUUUUAAUUAUUUGGACUGUUGUCUUUUACCUUGAAAUUAUUGUUUUCUUUUUUCUAAGAAGGUCAUGAAAUAAAUGCUGCAAAUUAUAAUCAAGCUCUGACUCUGCCUUAUGUAUAACCGAAGACUUAUCUCGAAAUGCUGGGUAACUGAGCUGGUUGAUUUAUUGUUGUUAUUUUUUAUGAAUGAGAGUUAAUUCUUGUUCUUUGCUUGAUUAUUUUGCUUUGUGUGGGGCACACUGCUGUGGUUAACAAAAUAUAUUGUUUUGUUUUUUUACCUAUCCUUUUUUCUCAUUGUUAUUCAGACAUUUGUAUAUAAUAAUUCUUCAUAUAUAAAACCCUAACCCAUGGUAUUAAUUGCAUUAAACAAAUUGUAAUGUUUGAUACAUGAAAUGCUGUCUAAUGCCCUGCAAAAUCACCAUUACACCAUAAUUCUACCACGUGCUAUUCGUUGAUUUUAAUAAAGGUUAAACAGGGUAGAUGAUGUAAUGUUAGGAGUUGGCCAGUGCAUUGUUUGGUGCACCGUUUCUAGAUUUCCUGGCUACUUUUUACUUUUUUCUUUAUUCAGAUAUCAGACAAAAUGAACAUCAAGGGAUAUUUUCCUGUCGCUAAUGACAAGUUUGCAAUGCUGCAAAAACAGGUUAUGUAACCGAUGCAAUGAAUAGAGCUGUGAAAUAUCAGCGUGGAGCUGUGUUGAACCAACAACAGUUACAAAUCAUGAGUAUUUCUGGUAUUAAUAUGUCUGUGCAAAUGAGUCUGGAACUGGCAUAUAUGCUUUUCCCAUAAUUUGAGUGACCAGUGAUUUCUUUUUUUUUUAAGUCAUCUUGGUGUUUUUCCACAAUAGUAAAUCUCUCUUUGAUGACUAAAACUGCUUUGCUCAGGGAAUAAAAUGUGAAACAUUGCAUUAUUUGAGCAUUCUAGUGCACUGUUUUUAGGAGGCUGUAAUCAUAUUCUCCAGCAUUUGCAUUUUUGGUGUGAUUUCAACUUUUCUGUUUCCAAAUAAAAAUCAU